CGGCAGGGGUUGUCAGUUGCUCCAUGUGGCACCAUGUGAGUGCUUAAUAACAGUGAAACUCAAAGUAUUCUGCAAGCUUUUCAGUGUCUGAUAAAAGAUCGCAAAAAGUAUAUUGACAGACAACUCCUUUGCAUUCUUUAAAGCGCUUCUAAAUGUAUUAUUUUGCGAUUUAGCCUUUUAGCGACGGGUAACGGUGAAACCUGCUGUGUUCUCUGAUCUAGAGAUGUUCUAUUUCAUCGGUCUCGGGCUGGGCGAUGCUAAAGACAUCACUGUCAAAGGUUUAGAGAUCAUCCGACAGUGUAGUCGCGUUUAUUUGGAGGCUUACACGUCCAUACUGACCGUCGGGAAGGAAGCUUUGGAGCAGUAUUAUGGGCGCGAGUUGCUGCUGGCAGACAGAGACAUGGUGGAACAACAGGCGGAUGAGAUCCUGAAGGGAGCAGAUGUCAGUGAUGUGGCGUUCCUGGUGGUCGGUGAUCCUUUUGGGGCCACAACUCACAGCGACCUGGUUCUGCGAGCGCUGAAUGCUGGGAUACAGUAUCGCGUUAUCCACAACGCCUCCAUCAUGAACGCGGUGGGCUGCUGUGGAUUGCAGCUCUACAACUUUGGCGAGACAGUGUCCAUUGUGUUUUGGACGGAGACGUGGAGACCUGAGAGCUUCUAUGAUAAGAUCAAGAAGAACAGGGAUAUGGGCCUGCACACGCUGUGCCUGCUGGAUAUCAAAGUCAAAGAGCAGUCCAUGGAGAAUUUAAUGAGGGGUCGAAAGAUUUACGAGCCUCCCAGGUACAUGACUGUCGCUCAGGCAGCUGAGCAACUCCUGGAGAUUCUACAGAACAGACGGGAUGGUGGCGAGGAACUGGCAAUGACUGAAGACACAGUGUGUGUUGGUCUGGCUCGGGUCGGAGCCGAGGACCAGGCCAUUCGUUCCGGGACGCUGCGUGAGUUGGCCUCCUGUGACCUGGGAGGACCACUUCACUCAAUGAUCAUCAGUGGACACCUUCACCCUCUGGAGGUGGACAUGCUGAAACUCUUCAGCGAUCCCGAGGGAUUGAAGACCUUGAAGAUGACUGAUAGUUCCACGUACAUUUCCUGAUAUCCAAGAAGCUUGUGGUCCUGAAGAGAAAGGUUCCCUUCCCAGGACAAGUGGACAGAAGUUGGUCCACAUGAGAGAUCAAAUUUGACCACUUUAACCUUUAAGCACCGGUCGGGCUAGAGUUGCAGAAGAUUUAGAUUGGGAGUGGGAUGGUUAGUUUGAUGUGUGGCAGUCAUGUUCAUGCUGUAAAAAAAUAAAUUAUGGAAUUAUUAUAGAGGAAAUGGAAAAGGUUAUUGUGGACCAACUGCAUCUGGGUUGCAUUAGUGCCUAUGAAAUUGAGCUUUCUUCAAAAUCGGCAUCAUGUUUCCAUACCAAGAGCCUUUCUUAAUGGAACUUUCUUAAUAAGAAUGUAAAUAAGAUAAAAGGGAAUUCUGAGAUUCUUUUGAGAAUGUACCCACCCAUGUCAUAAUGGAUGAAGAUCGAUUUUCAUACAAUAAAGACUCAUUUCGCUGCCACUGAUUACAUCAA